AUGGCUCAGAUACCUCUACCUUUUGACAGACUUCCUGCGUUUAUGAAUGAGAAUGGGAAUGGUGCUGAUGGUGCCACCGCACCAAAGACUUGGAGGGAGAGGCAGGAGAGGGAGGAGAUGAAGAAGACGGCUGUGAUCGAGGCUACGCCCAAGGAGCCUGCUGGACCGCCGGGCAGUCUGGCGAGCAUUCACAAUGUGUAUGCGGAUCCGUGGAUGUCGAAUAAGUUCUACGGUGCUUCUCCGUCCAUGAGAAAAUACGCGCUAAGAUACCUCAAGUGGUCAACCCAAUACCCCACGCGAGCCGGUCCGCCAGCAGAAGAUGCGUACUCUUUACAGCAUGCUUUGGUCGCUCGGUACAAGCUCUCCGAUGACCCUAGCAAGACUCUGGACCUGCAUUCCAUCGUAGUGCAAAGCCCGCUUUUGAAGAAGAGCCUGGGCAAAGUCCUGGACGGAUACCCAGGUAUCACGACCGAGCUCGAGCGCGUAGAGAUCAACGCGCCGUUCGAAUGUUUCGUGCAUAGGUGGGACUGUCUCCAGGCAGAGCGCGUGGCUCUCACUCGGAAGAGGCAGAACCCGGCGCCGGGGGCAGCGCAGAGGAACAAGGAUGCCGUGGCUCAUCUGGAGGCUCUGUAUAGGACGCUGGAAAGCGAACUUGCUUCCGUCAUCCGCGAGAAGGAGGAUCUCAUUGCGCAUGGCGUGAUGAGAUUCGAUAAGCUGUGGACGCUGUUCGAGCCUGGGUGUCUUGUGUACCAGAAGCGUGACGGGCACGACCGCGUUUACAAGCUCAAGAGCGCGAAGAUUGAACAGGUGACUGGGGGACGGGUGUAUAAGCUUGAAUGCCAGUAUGUGGACUUUGACGGUACGAACUUUGGGUAUAACAAGGAGAAUAUCAGCAUCAAGGAGUUCAAGGGGACGAAGAAGAUUGCGAAGUUCGAGGCGUAUCCGUUGGAGUUUUAUGAGGGGGUGGAGGAGCUGAAGGCGAGGUUGAUGGAAAGAGGCGCCAUGUUUGAGGCGUACAAGGAGUAUCGCUUUGUUGCGUACGAUGGCAUUGCUACUGGGAAGGUAACCCGUGGCGAGCAGAAGAUGAACGUGAAGAGCCGCAUUAUCAUCGACGCGUAUUCCGCCUCGAGGUACGGGAACAAGCCCAGCCUGGAGCUGUUCGAGACGCCGGAAGUCGCCCAGGAAGUCGCGAGUCCGGCCAACAACGAGGAUACCGACGAAGACUGCGUCAUGCUCGACGAGAACGUGGGCAAAAAGCAAGAACCAGCGCCAGUCGGCAAGGUGCCCGUUCCCACUGCGGACACCUUCAUCCUCACGCCUGAACAGCGCCUCGUUGCCUCGGCCACCGUCCGCGGCUACAGCCUCCGCGACAAGAAGUGGUGCAGCUUCUUCAUCUCCAGCGUCUGCGACAUCACCUGGAACGAAGACGCCUUCGCCUCUCUCGUCGCCCCCCAAGAACAGAAAGACCUCAUCCUCUCCUUUGCCGAGAGCCAGGUCAAGUCCCGCGACGACUUCGACGACUUCAUCCAGGGCAAGGGCCAGGGCAUCAUCAUGCUUCUCGCGGGCCCGCCGGGCGUGGGUAAAACCUUGACGGCGGAAAGCGUCGCCGAAGCGAUGAAAGCCCCGCUGUACAGCAUCGGCGCUGCAGAUCUAGGAAGUGAGUGUUAUGACUGGAAACCCCUUCCACCGCGUCCGUGCGGUAUGCGCGCGCGUGAAUAUAAAGCCAUGCUGAACGCAGACACAGGUAAGCCAGCGCAGCUCGAAAACAAGCUGCACGACAUCCUCGAGAUGUGCGCGAAGUGGAACGCCGUCCUCCUCAUCGACGAAGCAGACGUCUUCAUGGAAACCCGCUCCCCAACCGACCUCGACCGCAACAAGCUCGUCGCCAUCUUCCUCCGCCUCCUGGAAUACUUCUCCGGCAUAAUGUUCCUGACGACAAACCGCCUCGCGCACAUGGACGCCGCGUUCGAGUCUCGGAUCCACCUCACCCUCAACUACACCGAGCUGGACAAAGCCUCCCGCAAACAUAUCUGGGCUAGUUUCCUGACCUCCCCGUCCCGCAUGAGUAAUAAGAAUAGGAAUGGGAAUGUAGGCGAGGGGAGUUUUGGGGAGGUGGAACUGGAGAAAUUGAGUAGGGAGAGGCUGAAUGGGAGGCAGAUUAAGAAUGUGGUUAAGACGGCGGGGUUGUUGGCUGGGAGGGGAGGAGGGGCUUGGGAUGGGGCAUUUGGAGACGGUGUUGAGGUUGAGGAGGGGGGGGGAGAAGAAGGUGGGGUUUUUUGGGGUGGGGAGUAG